AUGAGAAACCACACAGUAACAACAUUCAUCCUGCUGGGACUGACUGAUGACCCACGAAUAAAAGUUCUAGCUUUCAUCUUUCUUUUUUUCACCUACAUGUUGAGUGUAGCUGGGAACCUGACCAUUAUCUUCCUCGCCCUCACAGAUGGCCAUCUCAGGACAGCCAUGUACUUGUUUCUCCAAAAUUUCUCUUUCUUGGAAAUCUCAUUCACAACUGCCUGUAUUCCCAGAUUUCUGUACAAUAUAUCAACUGGUGACAAGGCCAUUACCUAUACUGCUUGUGCUGUUCAAGUAUUUUUUACUUACCUUUUUGGGAUAACGGAAUUUUUUCUUCUAGCCACUAUGUCCUUUGACCGCUAUGUGGCCAUCUGCAAACCCCUGCAUUAUGUGACCAUCAUGAAUAACAGAGUUUGCCACAGGCUUAUUAUCAGCUGCUGGAUGGCUGGUUUGUUGAUCAUCAUUCCCCCACUUAGUCUGGGCCUCAAUCUGGAAUUCUGUGACUCUAAUGUCAUUGAUCAUUUUUUCUGUGAUGCCGCUCCCCUUCUAAAGAUAUCAUGCUCAGACACAUGGUUCAUAGAGAGAAUAAUUCUAGUGUGUGCUGUCUUGACUUUCAUCAUGACCCUCGUGUGUGUUGUUCUGUCCUACAUGUAUAUCAUUAUGACAAUUCUAAGAUUAUCUUCUUCUCAGCAAAGGAAAAAAGCCUUUUCAACCUGUUCUUCCCACAUAGUUGUGGUUUCCAUCACUUAUGGCAGCUGCAUCUUCAUAUAUAUCAAACCUUCAGCCAAGAAAGACAUGGCUCUUAAUAAAGGAGUUUCUCUUCUCAUUUCUUCUAUUUCACCAAUGUUGAACCCAUUUAUUUAUACUCUAAGAAAUAAGCAAGUAAAGGAAGCCUUGCAGAACUUCAUCAAAAAUAUUGAAUUCUUCUUAAAGAAGUAA